GAGUGAAAGGCAACAAACUUGUGUUUUUUUAGAGAGAGAGACAAAAGAAGAGAGAGAAAGAUUUUCCCCCUCUUUCCCCCCCUGUUUCAGAGAAAGAUGGUCGAGGAGAGUUUCCACCUCUGAGAUCAUCCUGAAUAGGGCAGUCUUCUUCAAGGAAAUCCCAGCGCCCAAUUUUCAUCUCUGUUUUUUUUUCAAGCUGCCAUUUUUUUUUCUGCCGAUCAAUAAUUCAACCAUCCUUCGUCGUCUUCGUCGUCGUAAUAUUCAACCAAUCUGCAUUGGGAAAAAAAAAACAAAAUUAAUCGAUAGAGAAUCCUGAAAAAGGAGGCCGAAUUACCUUUUCUACCCCUGAAUUUUAUUUCUGCAGCAAAAGGUUGAAUCUUGGAGAUAGUUCGUUUUAACCGGAUUAUGCAAUUUUCGUUGAAAACGGAGGUGUUGUAGCACCCGAAGAAUAGUCGAAGAUGAGAGACCCCAAUAUAUUCGACACUUUCAAAAGCCCUCAUUUAGAUUCUUUUAUUUGCUACUACUCUAUUUCUGCCUAGUUGUUAAAUUUCUUAAAGUAUAGUUGAAGAAGAAGAAAAUUUGUUUGGUGUGGUUGUACAACUCUGUUUUGUCCGAGUAAUUAUCGGUUGCUCGGAGGGUUAUUUUCGUAAUAUAGAAAGCUGGCGAUUUUGUGUAGUACAUUGUAUAGAGUCCUGGCUGUUGUUGGCGGAAAAAACUGCCUCCACCACCGCGAAUGGUUCGGCAAACAAUGAGCCGUAGAUGGAUCGCUUAUGGAGCUCACUUUUCUUGUUUCGUCUUUUCUGUUCUUGUUUUGGGAAUUCAUGGAUGUUGCACCCUCGAUUCAGAAGGAUUGGCACUAUUGCAAUUUCGAGAUAAGGUGGAGUUUGAUCCAUUUGGAGCAUUAGCGAAUUGGAAUCGAUGUGAUUGUAAUCCGUGCAUGUGGUCGGGUGUUCAUUGUCUGGAUGGUAAAGUGCAUAUACUAGAUCUCAAUGGACACGACUUGAAGGGAGUUUUGGCACCAGAGCUCGGAAAUCUCUCGCAUAUAAGAGUUCUUGAUCUAUCCAAGAACAAUUUCUCCGGCACAAUUCCGCAAGAGUUUGCGAAGCUCGGAAAACUCGAAGUGUUGGACUUGAGAAAUAAUAUGCUGAAUGGAACAGUACCUGCUGAACUAGGACAAUUGCAUUCCUUAAAACGUUUGACCCUCUGCAACAAUAAACUUGAAGGGAAGAUUCCUAUGGAGAUUCGAAAACUCGGUUUGCUAAAUGAAUCACAAUGUAACGAGGCUCUUACAACUGCUGGUUCUGCUUCUGGAGUUGGCUGCAUGAACCGAAAAUUCGGGCACUGUAUAUGGCAGAGCGUAUUAAAACAAACGCAGAAGUCAAAUCCGUUUCGGAUACCAACUAAAGGGACCAUAAUUCGUUACCUUAAUCUUUUCCCAUUGUUCAAUUUUGAAAAUGAAUCAUCGAACAAUCACGCUGAUGAUAGUCGAAGUAAUUUAACAGAGUUACCAGAGACCGGUGUUAUUUGGAAUAUCGACAAUAAAGUGAGUAAUGUACGACGAAUAUUAGUCGAACAAUCCAGCAACCUUGCUGCGCUACCUCCUAAAUUUGUGGGCCCCGUGGAAUCUGUCCCUACUCUUCGAAGCAGAAGCAGUGGAUCAUUUCCCGCUAUUCCAAAGAAGAACCACCGUUCAUUCCUGGCGCAACACCUCCUUCAAGUGAAGAACAUAAUUCUACUAUCGCCACACCCAAUCCUGCUAAUGCCACUCCACGUCUGGGGGAAUUUUCAAUUUUCCCUAAAUCUCAUCGUAGGGUUAUCGGUUGGACUUUUCUCACUCAUUGUUGCCUCGGCCAUUUUUAUCAUCUGCAGAAGCAGAGCAGCAAGAACUAUUGGCCCUUGGAAAACGGGAUUGAGUGGGCAGUUGCAGAAAGCUUUUAUUACAGGGGUACCUAAGUUAAACAGAGCUGAACUAGAAACCGCGUGCGAGGAUUUCAGUAAUAUUAUAAGUACCGACGAAGGUGUAGCUACGAUAUACAAAGGAACUCUGUCUAGUGGAGUGGAGAUUGCUGUUGCUUCAACUGCUAUAGUUUCUUUCAAAGACUGGUCAAAGCGUUCGGAAUUAAUAUUCCGGAAGAAGAUCGAUACCUUGUCGAGAGUGAACCACAAGAAUUUCAUUAAUCUGAUUGGUUACUGUGAGGAGGACGAGCCUUUCACUAGAAUGAUGGUUUUCGAAUAUGCACCAAACGGCACUGUUUUCGAGCAUCUUCAUGUUAAAGAAGUCGAACAUCUGGACUGGAAUUCAAGAAUGAGGAUAAUAAUGGGGACAGCUUAUUGCCUUCAACACAUGCAUGAUCUCAAUCCACCAAUCGCGCAUUUCAACCUAACUUCCAAAGAAAUACUUUUGACAGAUGAUUACGCUGCUAAAAUAGCAGAUAUGAGUUUCUGGGCAGAACUCGUAGCCAAGUCGAAAAACCAUACAGAAAACGACUCGGAAACUAACGAACUACCCCCACUUGCCGACGUGGAAACAAAUGUACACAGUUUCGGAAUGUUGCUGCUUGAAAUAAUCUCCGGAAAGCUCUCUUACUCUGAAGAGAAAGGGCAUAUCAUGAACUGGGCUGCUCAAUACUUGAACAACAAGAAGAGUUACAUCUCUUUGACCGAUCCGACAUUGAAAUCGUUCAAAGAAAACGAGCUCGAAGUAGUGUGCGAAGUAAUCCAAAUGUGCAUCGAGCAAGAUCCGAGAAGAAGACCUUCGAUGAAGGAAGUUAUUCAGAAGUUAAGACAGGUGAUUGACGUGUCCCCUGAUGCUGCAACACCGAGGUUGUCACCUCUUUGGUGGGCUGAACUUGAAAUAUUAUCUGCUGAAGCUGCUUGAUUAAGAAGAACUGAUAUUUAUAUAUAAUACAUAUUAUUCAAGAAUGAUAUAUACUUUGUAACUAUAUAUCUUUUUUUCCAUUUAAUUUAUUUGAUUCUUUUGUAUAACUUUUUUUUUUUGUUACCUUGAUGUGUAUGUAUGUGUGUACUGAAUAAUCCAAAAUAUUCGAAUAAAAAAAUAUUUUAUUU